AUGGCUUCAGUACUCACAUCAACCGAGUCGCAGACUCGCCGUCGCGAACAAUACCACGAGGCCGAUGUCGUCGUUGUAGGAGCUGGUGUAUUCGGCUGCACUAUCGCCUACGCUCUCGCAAACCAGGGCCGAUCCGUUCUCCUUCUCGAGCGAUGGCUAUCGGAGCCCGAUCGCAUCGUUGGCGAACUUCUCCAGCCUGGAGGUGUCGCCUCACUACAGAAAAUCGGCCUCGGUCACUGUCUCGAGGGCAUCGAUGCCAUGCCUUGCUACGGAUACACUGUCUUCUACCACGGCGAGAAGGUCCUCGUUCCUUACCCCGGUCUCGACGAUAGCGGCAAUGUCACACAUGCUUGGGGAGGUCACAGCACAGCGGAUAAGAGGCCGUCUGGAUGCAGUUUCCACCACGGCCGCUUUAUCACCAAGCUACGAGAGUCGUGCAUAAACCACAAGAACAUCACUGUCGUUGAGACAGAGGUUGUCAAGACGCUGCGCGGAGAGGUGUCGGACCAGAUUCUUGGUGUUGAGAGUCGAACAAAGAACAAGGAGACCGGUGUCAAAGAGAAGGAUUACUACUUUGGACAGUUGACUAUUAUCGCUGAUGGUUACGAUUCCAAGUGGCGCCAGGAGGUUCUCAGGACCAAGCCCAAGGUCUGCUCAAAGUUUUACGCUCUUGAACUCAUCGACUGCGAUCUCCCUGAACCUGGCCACGGCCAUGUCAUCAUUGGCAAUGCUUUCCCUAUCCUUCUCUACCAGAUCGGGACUCACGAGACCCGCGCUCUUAUCGAUGUGCCUCAAGGUAUCCCCGAAGCCUCGCCUGAGAAUGGCGGUGUUCGUGGAUAUAUCCGCAACUAUGUCCUUCCUGCGCUCCCUACCAGCAUCCGACCCUCAGCUGAGAAGGCUCUUGAGGAUGGCAAGAUCCCCCGAAGCAUGCCCAACAGCUGGCUUCCUCCCACGAAACAGCGCGCCAACGGAGCCAUUCUCCUGGGUGACGCUAUGAACAUGCGACAUCCUCUUACUGGCGGUGGUAUGACUGUCGCAUUCAACGAUGUUGUCAUCCUUGCCGAGGAGUUGCACCCCAGCAAGGUGUCUGAUCUUGCUGACAACAAGGCCAUCAACAAUGCGCUUGAUCAGCUUUACUGGAAGCGCAAGCCUUUGACUGGUAUCAUCAACGUUCUUGCUCAAGCUCUGUACUCCUUGUUCGCAGCCAACGACCGUCAGCUCCGUGCUCUGCAGUACGGAUGCUUCAAUUACUUCAAGCGCGGCUCAACUGACGGCCCCGUCGCUCUCUUGGCUGGUAUGCUCCAGCGGCCCUUCAUCCUCGCGUACCACUUCUUCUCCGUUGCAUUCCUUGCCAUCUGGCUCAACGCCUGCACCGUCAUUGGCUGCGGUAUCUUGGGCAUCUUCAAGGCUCCUCUCGCUAUCAUUGAUGCCGUCCUCAUCCUCUGGAAGGCAUGCAUUGUCUUCCUUCCCAUCAUGUACCGGGAGACAUUCCAGUAA